AUGUACAUGUUGCUGGACUCCGCCAGGGUGAAGGAGGUCUUGGACCAAGGAGCCGAGUUUGAAGCCGACGACUUCUGGCGAUGCAUCUCUGAGUUUCAAGCCGAUGACGUGACUUUUGCCAUGGCAUCCCUUCUCGGCUCAGUGAUUCGUGGCAUGGAUGGAUUGACCGGCCCUUCUGUGGCGCGAGCUUUGCAGCAACAAUGCGGCGACUUGAAUCCAGAGGUGGCCGAUGUGUUGAAUGCGCAGUAG